UCGGCCUUGUAUGGACGACAUGCACAAGAAUAAUGUUUACCAUGUGCAUUUGCGAAUUAGUGAAAAACCUGAAGUUAAUAGGCGGUAAAGUGAGAAAAGUUAAAGAUGAAGAAGAGACCAAAAUUUUCUGCGUUCGAUUUUGGGAGCGCUUGAACAAGUUCCUUGAGGAAGAGUGUCAGGAUGUUGGUGACAAGAUCUCAGGCCUUGAGUUGGCCUGGGAAAACCUGGCCUCAAAUCGACAGUAUUUAAAAGAAUGUGGUGAAGUCCAAGAGUUGUUUCAUAUACUAUUCUUGACAUGCGCCCGUGUUAUCCUCUCCAUGGAGUGGGAGAACCUCCCUAGUGAUGACCCUGUCCGGGAAAGCUUCCAAGCUGGUUUGGUGAAAUGCGAGGCAAAGAUGGUGGAGUUUGGUCACAAGGAGAUUUCAUUACUGAAUGACUUGAUCAAGAACAAGUGGAGUGAGCCUACGUUGAUUAAAAUCAUGGUUGGAGAUGAGGACGUCGAUGAAGCUGAAGUUGGUGCCUACCUGCAUUCGCUCCCACAUGACAUAUUGCGGCUGAGACUUUCCCUGCUGAUGGACGGCAAGUGUGACGAGUAUGCAUUGAAUCUCUCCUCAUGGAUGGUUAGACUCAAGAUAUUCCAGCAAGAUGUUGAUAUACUUCAGAAGCAUUUGGUUUUGCUUCUAAAGCAGGGCAUGAAGGAUCAAUUCCACAAAAAGUGUGCCAAGGUUGCAUGCCAUACUGCUGUGGACAUCAUCAACUGUGUUAGAAACCAGCCUGAGUAUAAAGAAGAUGCAUUAAUCCUGGCACAGACAUUCUUGGGACAAGAUCUCUUUAGGCCUUCCUACUACUGCUGUACAAAGAGCCUCCUAAAAAUCUGGGCUGAGCUGCAAUUCGAGAAAGAUCCAGACCGUGAAACGUUCAUACAGAGCGUACUAAAGAUGUCAAAAUUGGCCCGAAAUUCUCUGCAGAUGACUUUCUUUGCUGAAGUACUUUUUGACAAGUAUGAUGACAAAUUCCUUGAGCUGUGCACAGAAUUCCUGGUCCAAGCCUGUAAAGCUGAUGCAGUGCAGUUCCUCUUCUACAAGAGUGGUGGUGCUGAAUUCAAUCCAAGCGGCUUGCGAAUCUCAUUGAUACACAUAUGCCAUCUGUUGUCGGGAAUGUAUCGGCAGCAUAAGAAACUUCGACAGCUGUUGACUUUGACAGCAUUUUCUCUCGAUCCAUCAGAGGAGUUGUUCAAAUUUGUGGAUUUGCUGCACAACGUUUUGAGCAGGGAUGCCGACAGUGAUGCAGAGACAGAUGAAUCUGCCUCCACGAUUAUUACAGCUGAUGUCGACUCUGACAAGGGGGGGAAAGAUGCCAAGGAGGUGAAAGCCAGUGCUGAACAAUCAGAAGGUGCUUCGAAAUCUUUGAAAGAACCUGACCCAAACACUGACAAAGUGCCUGAACCAGACUCGGAUAAGACAUUAGUUAAAAGUGACCCCUCUGACAAUUCUAGUUCUCAAAAAGAACAUGGGAAUGAACCUAUGCAAACAGAACAACAUAACCAUACGGAAAAGAAACCAGACACUGCUGAUGAGACGGCUGUUGGAAUAUUAGAUCAGCCAAAUCAGAAGUCGUCAUCGAGUGGAGAAACAUUCAUAAAAAGCACAGAUUCACCAUUGACCAUGAAUGGAGGUAUCAAUGAUGAUUUGACCUGUAAGGAAAAAUUAGAUGAGAGCAGCAGCACCAAUGGUUUGGAUGAUGAACUGGAGUGUUUACCCAUGUGUAAAAAGCAUGGGUGUUGUUCGCCAAAAACUGAAAAACUCCUGGGUUGUGAAGGAAAGUCAGUUGAUGCCAUCCAGGUGGUGGACAGAGUAGAAAACAUAAUUGAUCCCUCAGUGAAAAUUGUGUGUCAGUGUGAUGGCAAAAACAUUACUGUUGACACUGCCGAUGAGAGCAAUGUUGACUCUCGGAAUGGUGUAGACAAUUUGGCCACUGGGGGUGGUGUUAGAACUGACAUUAAAAUUGAUGUUGAUGACGAUGAACCGAUUGACGGCACUUGCGCAGUGUUUCAGAGGGAUGAUGUGGAGGACGCCCCUGAAAUUGUUUCUGGUGAAGUAAAGACUGUUACGCAUGGGGGUGCUAACUCUGGGAGCUUUUCUGCCAGCUUUGAACAGUGGUUAAUGCAAAAUUCGAGUAAAAAUAAUAUCAUGGCAGGGUCGGAAACCCCUGGAGAACAAACGCCUACUAGUGCUGGUGGGAAAACUGAUGAGAGUCCUUCCACGAAUGAGGUCGAAGAAGUAACUGAAAGUUCUACUUCUAUUGAGAAUGUCACGGAGGAUUGUUCGAGCGCCACCGAGAUUGAGUCUGUGAAGGACGAAGAUGAACAAGCUGGAAGGGAAGGAUCAUGUCGUCAAAAGAGAAAUGCAUCGUCAAAGUAUAUAUCCAGCCGAACUAGGAGCAGUGAGAAACGCAAAGGUUCUGACGAUGAUUCAGGGUCAGAAAAGCAUGGUCGUGGGCGAAGAAGAAAAAUUGUCAAGUAUGAGGAGUAUUGUACUGAUGAGUCUGAGUCUAGUACUGCAGAAUCUGAUCCAGAGACGGAAAUUGAGGAUGAUUUCCACGGAGUUGUAGUUCCUGGUGUCAAUAAAAAACUGUUAUUUGAUCUCCUGUGCAUCUGUGAUCGUUUGAGAGAUGAUACCUUGAACCCGGAGUUACCAUGGGACGAGCUGCGUGACCGGUGUCUAAGUAUGUUCGGUAGUGGUGUUGUCAAACAAGAACCUAUGGAGGUUAAAAAGGAAGCUGAUGAGCCCAAGCUGCCUCCAGUCCACUUUGUAGAGCCUGAAGAUGUUGUCAAAGCUGCACCAACGGCUGUUGAAAUAAAAAGACCUGAAAGUGUUGUGGCAAUAUCUGUUGCUGUAUCUGCGGCUGUGGUUUCCCCCUCUGUUAUAGCAGUUAAGAAAGUGCAACAAAGACGGAGAAAGACUGAUAAUGCCAGUGCCGGUGUAGAUAAAGCUGAAAAAAUUAAAAAACUCCUGCCAUCUGGUGUAGAAUUGGGCGCGGUUGGUGGAUGGAAUCACCUUUCUAGCGGGUGUGUCCCAGCUGGAAUGGCUUUGGAGCUGUCGAACAGCAGUGACAAAAUAAUGUGUCCAGAGGAGGAUGUUAAUCCAAGGGCUAAAUGGAGCACUGCCAGACCUGUAAAAACAUCAGAGAGUUCCAAACAAAAUGUGAAUGACAGCGUAAUGGUCAGUCGGGCAACAUCAGCUUUUCAGAAAUUGGAUAGUUCUAAACGACGGCCAAAGAUUUUACAAAAUGCAUGGAAACCAACGCAACAGAUGAUCACUGCUGAUCAGGGUCAGGUUUUAUCACCUCCAGUUGUGCCAUACGUUCCUCUGAUUGAUGAGUUCAGUGUGCCAACUCCUACUACUUGCUUAGGCACGAGUGUAGAAACCCCUUUGGUUGCAACGCUUCUUUCCCCCCAAGAGGUCAGAUCAGACAAAUCUGGCUCUGUUGACAUGCCAUACUCAGUUGGACACCCGGUAGUUACAAUGGCCUCGUCUGUCCUUAGAAAACCAGUUGUUGCAGCUCCUGCUGGUAUUGUUGGACAGAGAGUGGUUCAAUCAGCUGAUUCGAGCGGUGUCGUUGCCUCUGUAUAUCAAAACUCGUCAAAUGUUACGACUCCCACUAGGAGUAUUGGAGAGAGGGUCGUUCAAGUCGCUGAUUCGAAUGGUGCCAUUGCCCCUGUAUAUCAAAACUCGUCAAAUCUUUCAUAUCGUACUGACACUCCUAGUCCAACUACAGAGGGGACUCAGUUUGUUGCUCUCCAAGGUCAGGGUGCUCAACAGCAGAUUGUUCUGCUGAAAUCUCCGGCUGGGCAGACUGUCACUUACACCGCAUCUGGAGGAAGAGUCUAUAAAAUUUGGAACUCAAAAAACUACAGUCGUUAUAACCUUGGUCAAGGUCAGCGUAUUGUUGGAAUUCAGCCAUUGGUUCGAACACCUUCGCCGGAUGAGGGAGAAGUUACGAGUUCAAGCAGCCUAAUCUCGCAAUCUGUGGCCACAGGAAAUUCUGUUGUGACUCUAACCCAGGCUUCACCUAGUAUUACUCCGACCCGGCCUGUUGUUGCAAUGAAUGUUCCACAAACUCAAAGUACAGCUAACUUCGAUGCUGCCCAAAUACAGAAUCUCGCUUCAUGCAUGUCAACUGUGCAAUCUCCUCCUAUGAGUGUGGCCCAUUCGCAGCCCUUCGCUGUUGUAAAUCCGCAGCCUGUAACUGUUCCUCAGACUCGCCUCUUGUCUGUACCAUUGUCUGCUGCACAAAUACAGUCGAUGAACAUUGCUGCGAAUCGACCAGUUAGCAUCACACAGACUCUACCAACCUGUGUUGCACAAACUCAACAAGCCGGUCGAUCGAUAACAAUAGCACCACAGCCAUUGCCUGUAACACCAACUCACUCAUCUAAUAUUUCUUGGGUUCAGUCGCCAGUGAGUGGUUCAGCUAUAAUGCCGAGUAGAAAUGGAAAUGUUCCUGUGAGUGCUGGACGGAAUCCAAAGCAGCAAGGUGUGGGUAUCGCAUAUGCUGGAUCAUAUCCAGUCACAGACAUGAACUCGGAAUCUGAUAUAGUGAACCAUAUUUGGAAACAAACAGUGUCAUCUAAAGUGGUUCAACGGACAUCGCAGUCAGUAAAUGUUAAUCACCCAGUGUCUCCAAAAAAUCAGUCCAGUCCAGGAACUGGUCCUAGAGUGCAGACGGUUAAGGAUAUGUUGCAUCAGGUACAAAAUCAGCAAUCUUUGGUUCAGCAGCGUGCUGCAAAUGCGCAGUUCAGCAAUGUGGAUGCAAGAAUACGCAGUAUGUUGCAAAAUGCUGUGGUGAAGGCAGCAGGCCAAGAUGGGCAAGUUCUCAUAGCCAGGAGUGUUGCUAGCCAACAGUACGCUGCCAAUGCGGUAUUACAGGCAGCACAAAUUGCUGGUAUCAAGCCUACCACGGUAUCGAACAUGGCUGUGCAAACACAUAGCUCAACGGCAAAUAACACUGCGACACAAGGGCAAAUACCUGGUAUGAAGACAAUUCCCUCUAAUCAGCUUCUCAUGCGCCAAGCAUUGCAGAAUCAGCAGCGCUAUGUACCAGUGCCUAAUAAGGGAAUCCAUGACAGUGCCAUGUUUCAGAAUAGGACUUCUCAUGCAAAUGUGCAACCGAAAAAUCAAGAAAUCAUAGUUUUGAGUGACAGUGAUUCAGAUUCAGAUUAUCGGAGGAAAAAUGAAAGACGCAUGACUUACAGCAAGAAGGACAGAGAACCAGUGUUGUCGGUGCUUGCUAAAACAUUAUCAGAAAAACUACCAAUAGAUCAGUUACAUUCACAGUUAAGUUCUAGCAGUUCUUACUCCCCUCAGCAGAUGGCAUCCCUAGUAGCCAACAGUCGAACUCUCAUGGACCAGGUGGUUCGGGGGACAGGCACAACAUCCGCUACUACGAUGAACCAAAUCAAUCGUCAAGAUUGUCCAAGGCCAUCUGCAAAUCCUAGACCUAGUGUUGCAGGCCAAGGACGUGGCCGUGGUCAAACAAAAAGUGUUGCUCCCAAAAAAGUGCCACCACAGCAGGGACUGAGUGUUCUAAAGUUGCCUCUCCAGGGGCAGGCUCCAUUUGCUGUUGGAGGAAAAAAUUCUGAACAAUUACAAAAUGCAGGUUUCUCGCUUGAUAUAUUGAGUAAAAUGGAAGGUGUUUCGAGUACAAGUGAUGGAGUUGCUUGGACGCAAACUCAUAAAACUGGUCUUAGUACGAGUUCAGUGAGGACGAUCUCAGUGCCCGGCAUUGUUCCUGCAGCAAGUCCUAAUAAUCGACCGAAUGCAUUGAUAAACACACAGCACCGUCCUGUUAGCCCUGUACCACAGGGACAGAGUGUUUACCUUGGAUCUAAUGACAGUACUUCGUCUCGGAUACUUGUUGUGAAUGACUCUCCAAUGCUAAAUGCUUCCAUACCCAUUCCAGUAAUGUCAUUAGCGCCAAGCAGAUCAGAGUUACAGAAUUCAUCGUCUCACUAAAGACCUCCAAAAGUUGACAUUUGUUUGGUCACAGAAGUCAGAUGGCACCAGAAUCAAGUAUGACUUCCAAUGUUACUCUGAAAAAUUCGAAGUCUAUCCAUGGCAGCACCUGUGAAUGGGUUAAACCACUACCACAAACCAAUUCGAGAUUUGUUAAUCUUUUCCCUGUGUUUUUGUUGCCUUAGCUGCUGUGUGAAGAACUGAUGUUUGUCUAUAUUGUUGGCUGAAUGUGCUCUCAAAUACUAGUGUGUCGGCUAAACUCUGGCAGGGCACAGCACCCUGCCUUUUCCAGAAUUUUCUCUUUAGUGCCCUGCAGUCAAUGCAUUUCCAUUUAAAGCAGGGUGCUGUACCCUGCCUUUUUCUGACUGAGCCCCAUUCUACCCUGCCUUUUCAGAUUUCUUCCAGCUGCAACACUAAAUACCCAGAUAAUUUUAGAAAAACAUCUCUAAAAAUUUAAGAUAAAGAUGUCCCCUAAUGCAAAAUUAAUGGAACAAUUAGUUGUGGUUUUCCAGAGAAAUACAAACUUUGCCACCAAAGAGCUGUGCUGAUCGAAGGUUAACCUUUCAUGUGAUGCCAUUUGAGUUAAAAAGCAUUUGGUAUAGAAAGAAAUCUCUUUGGGCUUAUGUCCAGAAAAUUUAAUAUAUGAUGAUUGUAGAUAAACAGUCUUUAUAAUAAUGUUUGUAUGCUUGAAAAUAUUUUGUUAUUUGAGACAAAAAAUAGAUGCUUAACGAACCAGUAUUUAUAAUAUGAAAGUUACGAAUUUGCUAAUUUUUAUUUUGCAGUAGAUUAAAUAUCGUGUUUGCUGCCAAAAGUUAGGUUUUAUGCAUUUGAGUUGACAUGUUCAUGUUAUUCAAGGUAGUGUUCGCAAUAAAUUUAAAAAAUGAAACCGAUACUGCACAGUUUAAAGGGGGACUAUAGGCAGGAGGAGGGCUAAUAUGGCCAUCUUCAAGUAACUAGUUUAUGCAGCAAAGGCCCCUGGUCAUGUCAGACUUGGCACUGAAUAUAUCUCUCGUACAAGUGCGAUUCAUUUGGCCUACUGUCAUAUGUGAGAGACCCCUAUUGGCGGCUUUGUGUAACUUUAUCUUGCCUGCCUUGCUGCUGCCUAUGUUGUCCCUUUAAAGUAUAGUAUGCCUUGUCGAGGGCAAUAAAAUGAGUUUCCUUCGGAAUUUCUGAGAUUGAUAUACGUGACCCAGCACGAUAAAAUGAGUUGCAUGUUGCACAGAAGAUGAGCCUAAAAUGACACCAGAACAUAAUAGAAGAAAUUGAUGUUCUCUGAUGUCACACAAGGCAGACAACAGUGAAAUGAACAACCAGUCCGCCUCAACCUGUCAAGCUCGGAGCGACAUGCGACUUGUUUCAUCAUGGCGGGUCACAUAUGCCUCUUCAGGUCUCAUGAGACUGUGUAGAUGCAAUUAGCCGUUUUUUUGGCGUCAGCUGUUUCGCAUAGGCCUAUUGCAUGUAAUAAAAAGCUUUUGUACAGGCGCCCUUUAACUGGGUAAAUGGCCUCUUCACAGUAUGUCUUUGUCCGCAUUGGGAAGUAAAAAACUAAAAAAGCUGCCUGACGCACGACAAAGUGACUUGAUGUAACCUCGGCCUUAGGUCCAAAAUUUGUAAAUACUUCAUUUUGCUAUGAGGGGAGGUCUUAUCAGUGUAUAUUUAGCAAUGAUAUUUUACUCGAAAUGAAACCCACCAGAAAUGAUUAUUUAGUUUGAAAUUUUGGUAAUGCAUGUGUAUUGAUUGUUUUUUUCACAACUAGAUCCGAUUUACAUGUAUCUUCAGUUCAACCCAAGCUGCUACAGUGAAGAAUAAUAUUUCUGUGUCCUUCCUGGGCCACCUUUGAAACUUGAUUAAAAAAUAUGUCUUGUUGAUUUCUAAAGUUGUGGUCGAUUUUCAGGCACGGAAUUUUAUGUUUUAGGGAAUACGCAAAUAAAUAACCUGGCA